AUGAAGUACUCUACUAUCCUCUCUACUCUGGCUGCCGCUGGCGCCGUGUCAGCCCAGGCGAACCCCUCGUCUACUCCUACCGCUUGCCCAGCUGCUGGCGAGACCAACGCCGCUGGCGACUACGGUUGCAACCCCAACCGUGAGUACCCAGGCGAGGCCUGUGCUCUGAUAGGCGACUGCUACAUCCUCCGCGGUCUGGGCCUGCUUUCCACCACGACCAGUAGUGCCAACCCUACGUCUACUCCAGCUGCUUGUCCGGCCGCUGGCGAGACCAAUGCCGCUGGCGACUACGGUUGCAACCCCAACCGUGAGUACCCAGGCGAGGCCUGUGCUCUGAUCGGCGACUGCUACAUCCUCCGCGGUCUGGGCCUGCUUUCCACCACGACCAGCAGUGCCAACCCUACGUCUACUCCAGCUGCUUGUCCGGCCGCUGGCGAGACCAAUGCCGCUGGCGACUACGGUUGCAACCCCAACCGCGAAUACCCAGGCAAGGCCUGUGCUCUGAUCGGCGACUGCUACAUCCUUCGCGGUCUUGGCCUGCUUUCCAGCUCGACAAACAGUGUCAAGCCGACCCCUGGCCCCUACAGCUCCAUCAACACGGGCAAGCCACCCCAGCCCACCACCUUCGUCCCCGCGACUCGCAACGUCACCUCCGUCAUCAACGGUGUUACUACCGUGGUCCCAGUUGUCCACAGCAGUGUCGUCCACAGCGCCUACGUUACCACUGGAGCUGACGGCGCGGUCACUACUGUCCCGGCUCAGACCGUCCCAGCCUACACCGACGGUCCCACUGCUGGUGGUGCUCGCCUGUCUGUCGCCGGUGGUCUCGCUGCGCUCGCAUUUGCCGCUGCCAUGUUGUAA